UCGGUCCCUCACUUCAAACUCCCACCUCUAGAAAACCCUAACCCUCUCUCUCCACUAGAAAACCCUAACACCCCCCUCUCUCUCUCUCUCCACUUUCUCGCUCCUAGGGUUUCGUUUCUUGCUCUAGUCAAACAAGAUGCAGGACCCUCUAAGCAUGUCCCUGGACGACCUCAUCAAGACCAGCAAGAAAUCCGGAUCCGGUAACAGCCGAGGUCGCGGCGGCCGGGGGCCCUCGGGACCCGGACCCGCCCGCCGCUUGCCCAAUCGCGGCGCCAAUCGCGCGGCGCCGUACGUGGCUGCGCCCAAGGCGCCGGAGACUGCGUGGCAACACGACAUGUAUGGGGAUCUUGGGGCGGCGGCGUACGCGGCUCCAGCUGGAAGAGCCUCGGCUAUCGAAACUGGAACCAAGCUCUACAUCUCCAAUCUCGAUUAUGGCGUUUCCAACGAGGACAUUAAGGAAUUGUUUUCUGAGGUUGGUGACCUGAAACGUUAUGGAGUACAUUAUGACAGAAGUGGGAGAUCAAAGGGAACAGCAGACGUAGUUUUCUCACGACGAACGGAUGCUGCGGCGGCUGUUAAAAGAUACAACAAUGUUCAACUUGAUGGGAAGCCGAUGAAGAUUGAGAUUGUAGGAACGAACAUUGGGACACCUGGCGCCCCACCUGCUUACCCGCCUGCUCCUAAUGUAGCUUUUGGAAAUAGGAAUGGACCACCCAUGGGUGGACAAAGUAGGGGUGGUGCAUUUGGACGUAUACGUGGCGGUGGUGGCGGCGGUGGUGGCAGUGGUGGUGGCAGUGGUGGUGGCGGUGGUGGCCGCGGUGGCCGUGGUCCUAGAAGGGGCGGUGGUGGACGUGGAAGUGGAAGAGGCCGUGGUGAAAAGGACCAAAAGGUUUCUGCUGAAGAUCUUGAUGCCGAGCUAGAGAAGUACCAUGCAGCAGCAGAAUCAAUGCAAGAGUAAAUUGAAAUCAGCUGUGUGAAGCGUCAGCUAUAUUACAUCUUUUAUGGCUCAUUAGGUGCUUGGUGAUUUGACAACCUCAUCUAUUUUCUGUAUUUCUAUUGAAGCCAGAAAUUCCUUGAGAGAGAAAAAUCAUGCUUAGGAACAACUCUUAGAAUCUUGCUUACAGAUGUUGGGCGCUUAUUAUGUUUGUUUAAACAUGGGUAUGAAAUAUGUGAGUUAAUGGACAGUUUCAGUACUUGAACUGAAUUCCUACUUCAUUAGCUUCUUCGAUCCCCUUUUAUACAUUCAACAAGUUGGUGGGAUCGGGAAGCUUCUCUCUCUGCAUCUCCACACGCAAAGACAAAACUGGCUGCAGAACGUGUGAAAGGAUUGAGCCUUAGAGAAUUCACACAAUGCUGCAAUGCGUUUGGUCGGUUCUACUGCAUGUAAAGUGGCGUACUUCGCAUGAGGUAGAUAUCUCUGUUUUCCUUGGCUUUGAAGUCUUGUUAACCAUUUAAGUUAUGUCCUUUGUAUUUGGUGCAGUUGAGCUGGUUAUUUCCUGCUAUUUUAUGGUAGCUUUCUC